AUGAGUUACGGUGCAACAGCAGCAUCAAAUAUGGUACGUUCGAGCAACCUUUUUACAAGCUUCAACGAUCCAAUCGCAGCGGCACUCACUAAAGACGUACAGAAAGAGCAGCAGCUCUUGCUACUGGCAGAGGUAGCCUCUGCCCUGCCUGAUGCUCGCCGUUAUGCUCUGGUACAACAGCAUCAGCAGCAGCAGCCGUCACAAGUGCAGCAACAGCAGCACCGGCAACCUUCGAACAAAUUCGGCCUGCUGAUUGAAGCGGUGCUUGCUGCUGCGCACUCCCCGCAAAGUAGCAGCAAUACCCAGUUGCUGCUGCAGCUUAUUGAUCUGCUUUCAACUGCUGUUGCUUUGCAGCAGCAACAGCAGCAAGCUUCCGGCAAGGCCUUAUCACCGGAAGACUUGGAUCUUGUGUAUUCUGCUGUCGAAGCCGUGGCAAAGCAACAGCUGCUGAAGCAGCAGGAGCACCAGCAGCAGCACAUCCUGCAGCAGCAGAUACAGCAGCUCCAGCAGCAGCAGCUGAAGGCCAGUACUAAGCUUACGGCGGCGCGCGAGACGUUUCAGCAAACGAGUCAGCAACAGCACCUGCUGCUGUCAAAGCCAAAGCCGCAGCAGAAGCUGCAGUCCGUAGAGUCUCACCCUUCUGGCAAUGCGGGUGCAGCAGCCUUCUCGGCGGCGCUAGCAGCUGCAGGAAGCUCACAGCAGCAGCAGCAGUACAAGCACUUGCCCAUUCGGAAUUUCUUAGACGAGGUUUACAAGGGUCCUGCACUGCCAAAGCACUCGUCUACCGCCCUCGCAUUCGGCAGCAGCAGCGAAAGCGACAGCGAGGAGAGGAGGCAAAAGAGAAGGAAGAAAGAGCGGAGGGUCAAUGCACAGGCAACCGAUGCGCUUUGGCACCCACAUUUCCAUCCUCACAAUCAGGAGUUUCGCGUACGUUAUCGGUACAAGGGUUCAAUGCGCCUGAAGACGCUCUCAUGCUCUUGCUUUGGGAGGGAUGGGGCGAAGUUGCUGACGGGGGCUUUCGUUGCUCGUUGGGAAGCCACUGGACGUCGCGUGGCAGAUCGGACGAUGAGGAGCAGGCUGGCUUUGAUGGACCUUCCUGAGGAUACCGAGCAGCUUCCCUCGUAUGGACGCAAACGGACAGAUGGUCAGCAGAGGGAAGGGCUUGUUAGAAUGUGUGGGGAGGGAGUGUGGAGGCUGGAUGGAAGGGCAGACAUGCAUGCCUGCGCUUGUAGCUGGAUAGAGAGACUGAGGGCCGGAGCAGACGCAAGAGGGGGAACUUUGUCCCCUGGAGGGGCUUUGGAAAGCGGCAAUGCGGAGGAUGGCGUGUCGUACAUGCAGGAGUGUGGGGGCUUCGCGCGCCUGAGAGCCUUGUUGAAUAUGAAAGAGACUUCUACCCGGGGAGGAAGUCUUGCCGAGUUGCGAAGCGCGUCUAGCUGUGGCACGGAGGAUCUGUCGGGGCCUUCCCCCACGUGCACAUUGACUUCUUCUUGCUCUUCUGUGAGUGCCAGAAGCCCAGCCAGUCCGGAGCAGUGCUCCCGUGAGGGCAUCGAGGCGCUGUGGGGAGCAGGCAGCUUGGGAGGCGUUCACGGAGGAUCUUCUCCUGGCGCGACACGGGAAGAAGGCACGCGAAAGCCGCCCGCCACUCUCAAGCAACCAAGGCCUUUAACGGCGCUGUCCAGAGAACUUUUAGGUUCCCCUUCUGCUGCUGGAAGCACCAAACAAGGCUCGCCAGCGGCAGCAGCAGCGAACGACUCGAAGGCGAGCAAUGGAGGGCUUCUGGAGCUUAGCCUCAACGCGGAGAUUCUUCAGUCUCUGCUAGGCAUGGGAGGGUCACCUGGAGCUCCCCCGCGAGACAGCCAUCCUGCAGGAUCCGAUGCGGCCGGUAAGGGGACUGCUAGGGCAGGCGCUCCGUGGGGGCUGUUGGCACCUGCUACCCCAGUGACACCCACCACCAGUACAGCAAGACUGGGAAGCCUUCAAGGAGGAGUUGAAGGAGACUUGUUGCAGCAAAAGCAAAAGAAGCUGCAGCACACUACCACGCUGCCUCUGGACCUGCUUCAGCAGCUUGGUCAAGGGCUUCCUUUGUUCGAGGAAGAGCAGCAGCAGGACCAGCCGAAAGCGAGCGCCCAGAAAAAACUGGUGACCGCUGCGCAAGUGGUCAAGCUGCAGCAUGAAUGUAGCACUGAGGAGCUGACCAAGCUGUUUGAGGAGGAUCCCUGCAAGCAAGAAGCGGAAGCUUCUAGAAAGGUGGAGGGUUCCUCGUCUUUAUUAGAGGAAUCCGCGCAUUGCGUUGACACAGAAGAGGGUACCGGGGCCGCUGCGGAUUUACUGGGCGAGUUUCUUUUCAAGGCGUCCAGAGGCUCGGAGACAGGAGACCUCAAUCGUGGAAAUGCAGAGGAAUUCUUGCGGUUUGGCCGCCUCUGA